AUGCAAUUGGGCCGCACUGCGAGAUGGCACGCGCCAAUGAGCAGAGCACUUGGUCUCUCUAUGCCUCUCCGUCCCCGUCACUCUCUUACUCUUCCCCCCCGGAGGGGCUGUGAACCUUUGUCUGCAUCCCGCUGGUUAGAUGCAGCUGGUCUGUCAGCUGACCUCAGUCACUUUACUUGUCGCAGCAGGACAAGGACGCUGCGGUCUGGGAUGGGUGACACCCCCAAUGUGAUUAAUAAGAGCGCAGGAUAUAAUGAGGGAAUAUUCACGCCGUCCUGCCGCCGUCGGUCGCGCCUUGGCGUUUCUCCGUCCGAUGCCAUGAUGCCGCAGUAA